AUGCGCUCCCCAACCCUCCUCACCGCUCUUACGGCCUUGGUCCUGGCCCCGGCGGCGGUUCUCGCGACCCCGGCCCACACGGACCCGCGCCUUGGUGCCGUCGCGUCCGAGACGACUGAGUGCUCGAAAAUCGGCACAGACAUCCUCAAGGCGGGUGGCAACGCCGCCGACGCCAUGGUUGCGACCACCUUAUGCGUCGGCACCAUCGGCAUGUACCACAGUGGAAUCGGCGGAGGCGGCUUCUUGCUGGUGCGGUCUCCAAAGGGGAAGUACGAGUUUGUCGACUUUCGCGACACGGCGCCCGCGGCUGCGACUGAGGACAUGUUCAAGAACACCGGAAGCACCCUGGGUGGGCUGGCGAGCGCCAUCCCAGGCGAGCUGCGCGGGCUCGAGUACCUGCACAAGCACUACGGAAAGCUGCCGUGGCGCUCCCUGGUGGCCCCCUCGAUCAAGCUGGCUAGGGAUGGCUUUGUCGUCAAUGCUGAUCUGGUCCGGUAUAUGGACCGCUUGGUCGACAAGCCCGGCGACGGUGGCAUUUUCGAGUCGGACCCGGUGUGGGCUGUGGAUUUCGCCCCCAAAGGGCGCCGUUUGAGGUUGGGCGAGAGGAUGACCAGGAAAACCUACGCCAAGACCCUGCAGCGCAUCGCCGAUGAGGGGGCUGACGUCUUUUACAGAGGCGACAUGGCCCAGGCCACCAUCAACGCUCUCCGGGCCAAGGGCGGCAUCAUGACGCUCCAGGAUCUGGCCAACUACAAGAUCGAGCUCCGACAACCGGCGAGCAUCAACUACCGCGGGUACAAGUUGACAUCGACAUCAGCGCCGUCCGGGGGCGGCGUGGCCCUCAGCAUGCUCAAGAUCCUUGAAGGGUACAAUGACAUAGGUAACCCCUCGGCCAUCAACCUGUCGGCGCAACGGCUCAACGAGGCCAUGCGCUUUGCAUACGCCCAACGCGCCAAGCUUGGAGACCCGGCCUUUGUGAAGGGCAUGGACAAGUACCAGCAAGAAAUGCUGUCGGAUGCAACGGCCAAGAAGAUCCGCUCCAAGAUUUCGGAUAAAAAGACGGAGCAGGUGGAAUACUACAACCCAGAGGGAUUCGAGUCCCUCGAGACCCCCGGAACGGCCCACAUCGCCGUCGCCGACGCCAACGGCAUGGCCGUCUCGCUGACGAGCACCAUCAACCUCGUCUUUGGUUCGCGCGUCAUAGUGCCCGAGACGGGUGUGCUCAUGAACAAUAACAUGGACGACUUUUCCACCCCCGGAAAGUCCAACGCCUUUGGAUACGUGCCCAACCCGGUCAACUUCAUCCGGCCGGGCAAGCGUCCGCUCUCCUCCAUCUCCCCUAUCAUCGCAGAGGUGCGCCAAGGCGGGAGGUUAUACUUUGUGGUCGGUGCCGCCGGCGGGAGCAGGAUCAUCUCCAGCACGGUGCAGAGCGUCCUGCACGUCCUGGACGGCGGCAAGACGCCGUCUCAGGCCCUGGCCAUGCCGAGGAUGCACGACCAGCUGAUGCCGCCCGUGACGAUGUUCGAGUGGGCUUACAACAACGCCACUGUCCGAUACCUCAGCAACCUGGGCCACAAUGUAUCCUGGGUGGGGCCGACGGGUAGCAGCGUCCAGGCAGUGCGCUUGUUGCCAAACGGGACGUUUGAGGCUGCUGGUGAGCCGAGGCAGCUGAACGCGGCCGGGUUUGCUGUUUGA